AUGUGCACGAAUCCUGUAGCCAUUCCAAGUACCCUCCUUUCUUUCGACCCGGAUGUCCAAGCUCCCCCACCCCAUGAGCCCCAGGGCAGGCAGGUGGCAGCCCCCGACUCUCUGUACUUCCUUUCCAGGAGGAUUGGCCCUAGCAUCACUCUUCCUCCGGAUGCAAGGCACAAGUGUAUCCCUAGGAACUACACACAGUGUGUUCCCGUCCUCCCAACCCCUGCGGCCAGAGGGCGCAUUCCUGGGUACCAGCAGCCAGCACAGAAGCUCUUGUUUGAACGCCGGCAGGCUCUCAUGACCCGCCCAGCCCGCCAACCCACGGUUGUACCGCCCUGGCCUCGCCCUGUGACCCCAAUCCAGCGGGUCCCUCACACACGCCCACAGCCAGCCAGGCUCUGCCGCUCCAGGAUGGCCAACACCUGUGGACCUGCAACUCCUCCACCACCGGACCCAACCCUCUCUCCUCCCUGCCUCCCAGCUGCAAUGACAGGCCCAGCCCACUGGAUGGCUGCUGCGUGCAGAGGUGGAGCCCAGAGGCAGAGGCGGGGGAGGAGCCCGAGAAGGAGGCAUAGCCCGGGGGCGGAGACGGGGGAGGAGCCCGGGGGCGGAGGCGGAGUCAAGGGUUGUAGGCGAAGCCCGGUGGCGGAGGCGGAGCCUGGGUGGGCGGAAACGGAGCCAGGGAUGGAGGCGGAGCCUGCGUGGGCGGAGGCGGAGCCUGGGGGUGGAGACGCAUCCCAGGCGGCGCCUGCCCCACAGCCUUACCUGGCUUCUCCUGGACUCAGCCUACCACUCAGUACUCCAGUAGGUGUGCCACGACCCCCGCCACCGCGCCAGGGAAGAGGGUUCCUGCAUGAAUACAGUCAUACUGGAGAGAAACCCUUUAAAUGCACUCUAUUUGGUAAAGCCUUCUCCUAUCUCACUGUUCUCAUACAGCAUAAAAGAACACACACUGGAGAGAAGCCUUAUGAGUGUAACCAGUGUGGUAAAGCCUUUGCACAAAACAGUGCUCUCAUAGGGCAUAAAAGAACACACACUGGAGAGAAACCUUAUGAAUGUAAACAGUGUGGUAAAGACUUUGCAGAAAACAGUACUCUCUUAAACCAUAAAAGAACACACAAUGGAGAGAAACCUUAUAAAUAUAAUGAGUGUGGUAAAGCCUUUGCAAAAAACAGUACUCUCAUACGGCAUAAAAGAACACACACUGGAGAGAAACCUUAUGAAUGUAAUGAGUGUGGUAAAGCCUUUGCAGAAAACAGUAAUCUCUUAAGCCAUAAAAGAACACAUACUGAAGAGAAACCUUAUGAAUGUAACCAGUGUGGUAAAACCUUUGCAAAGAACAAUACUCUCAUAUGGCAUAAAAGAACACACACUGGAGAGAAACCUUAUGGAUGUAACCAGUGUGGUAAAGCCUUUGCUGAAAACAGUACUCUCUUGAGCCAUAAAAGAACACAUACAGGAGAGAAACCUUAUUAAUGCAACCAGUGUGGUAAAGCCUUUGCAAAAAACAAUACUCUCAUAUGGCAUAAAAGAACACACACUGGAGAGAAACCUCAUGAAUGUAAUGAGCGCAGGAAAGCCUUUGCAGAAAACAGUCAUCUCAUACGGCAUGAAAGAACACAUACUGGAAAGAAACCUGAGAAGACUUCUGCAGGAGCCAUCUCCUGGGCUGGUGAGGAGACCAGGCCCCCUGUGGGAGGAGCCAUCACCUGGGCUGGUGAGGAGACCAGGCCCCCUGUGGGAGGAGCCAUCUUCUGUGCUUGUGGUGAGACCACGCCCCCUGUGGACGGAGCCAGCCCUGGGCGGCUGGUCCACUGCCUCUGCAUCAGCUCCCGCCUCCCUCCUGGUUCGAGUUCGAGUCCCAACCCUCACGGGACAGCUCACUUCCGUCACCGGCUGGGCGUUCUUCUCCCACAAGGUGGAACACAAGAGCAAGACCCACAAUGGCAGGAGCUUCCAGAGGACAAGGAUGCUGGCCUUCGAAAGCGUCUACACUGCCAAACCUACAAUGAUGUGCAUGUGAAUUUCACUCGAGAAGAGUGGGCUUUGCUGGAUCCUUCCCAGAGGAAUCUCUACAAAGAUGUAAUGCUGGAGACCUACAGGAACCUCACUGCUAUAGGCUACAAUUGGGAAAGUUAUAAUAUAGAAGAGCAUUGUCAAAGUUCUAGAAGACAUGCAAGGUAUAAAAGCAUGCAUUCUGGUGUGGAUCACUAUGAAUGUGGCCUAUAUAGUAAUGCCUUUGCAAAUAAAAGUCAUAUCCUAAGACAUAAAAGGAUACAUAUAGGAGAGAAACCUCAUGAAUGUAACCGAUGUGGUAAAGCCUAUGCAUGUAACAGUGAUCUCCUAAGACAUAAAGGAACUCACACUGGAGAGAAUCCUUAUGAAUGUAACCAAUGUGGUAAAGCCUUUGCACAGAACAGUAGUCUCCAAAGACAUAAAAGAACUCACACUGGAGAGAAACCUUAUGAAUGUAAUCAAUGUGGUAAAGCCUUUGCACAGAACAGUAGUCUCCAAAAACAUAAAAGAACUCACACUGGAGAGAAACCUUAUAAAUGUAACCAAUGUGGUAAAGCCUUUGCAGAUAACAGUAGUCUCCAAAGACAUAAAAGAUCUCACACUGGAGAGAAACCUUUUGAAUGUAACCAAUGUGGUAAAACCUUUUCACAGAACAGUCAACUCCUAAUACAUAAAAGAACUCACACUGGGGAGAAACCUUAUGAAUGUAAUCAAUGUGGUAAAGCCUUUGCACAGAACAGUAGUCUCCAAAGACAUAAAAGAACUCACACUGGAGAGAAACUUUAUGAAUGUAACCAAUGUGGUAAAGCCUUUGCAUCUAACAGUAAUCUACAAGUACAUAAAAGAAUUCACACUGGAGAGAAACCUUAUGAAUGUAACCAAUGUGGUAAAGCCUUUGCACAGAACAGUAAUCUCCUAGUACAUAAAAGAACUCACACUGGAGAAAAACCUCAUGAAUGUAACCAAUGUGGUAAAACCUUUUCACAGAACAGUCAAUUCCUAAUACAUAAAAGAACUCACACUGGAGAGAAACCUUGUGAAUGUAACCAAUGUGGUAAAACCUUCGUAGAUAACAGUGUUCUCUGAAGACAUAGAAGAACGCAUACUAGAGAGAAACCUUAUGAAUGCACUCUAUGUGGUAAAGCCUUCCCCUAUAUCACUGAUCUCAUACGGCAUAAAAGAAUAAACACUGGAGAGAAACCUUACAAAUGUAAUCAAUGUGGUAAAGCCUUUGCAAGAAACAGUCAUCUCAUAAGCCAUAGAAGAACACAUACUGGAGAGAAACCUUAUGAAUGUAACCAGUGUGGGAAAGCCUUUGCAGAAAUCAGUAGUCUCUUAGGACAUAAAAGAACACACACUGGAGAGAAACCUUAUGAAUGUAACCAGUGUAAAGCCUUUACACAAAAUAGUCAUCUCUUAAGCCAGAAAAGAACACACACUGGAGAGAAACCUUAUGAAUGUAAUCAGUGUAGUAAAGCCUUUGCACGAAACAGUAAUCUCAUAAGACAUAAAAGAACACACACUGGAGAGAAACCUUAUGAAUGUAACCAGUGCAGUAAAGCCUUUGCACAAAAAAGUCAUGUCAUAAGCCAUAAAAGAACACAU